AUGUCCAGUCUAACAAUAUACGCCGCCAAGCUCCUCCUAAAGCGAUUGACCGAAGACGAGGACGACCCCUACGUGUCCAACCCCGACGACCAGUUGGAAGAACCCAACCCUGUCACUGAGGAAAUCUUCUCAUCAUGGGCAUUGUUUAUCCUUCUUUUCCUCCUCUGCUCAGCAUUGUGGUCCUCCUAUUUCCUCCAACAAAGACGAAUCAAGGCCAUCCAUGAAACAGUGUUGUCCAUCUUCUACGGCAUGGUGGUGGGGUUGAUCAUCAGAGUCAGUCCUGGCCACUACAUCCAGGACGCCGUCAAGUUCAACUCAGGCUAUUUCUUCAACAUCCUCUUGCCGCCCAUCAUCCUCAACUCCGGCUACGAAUUGCACCAGGCAAACUUCUUCAACAACCUUGGCUCCAUCCUCACCUUUGCCAUUCCAGGCACCUUCAUGUCGGCGUUGGUGUUGGGAAUCAUUCUCUAUAUCUGGACCGCGUUGGGCUUGGACGGAAUCAACCUCGAGUUCGUGGACGCGUUGGCUGUGGGUGCCACCCUCUCUGCCACCGACCCUGUCACCAUCUUGUCCAUCUUCAAUGCCUACAAGGUGGACCCCAAGUUGUACACCAUCAUCUUUGGUGAGUCGUUGUUGAACGAUGCCAUUUCCAUCGUCAUGUUUGAGACCUGCCAGAAGUUCCACGGCCAUCCAGUGGGCCUUUCGUCGUUCUUCGAGGGUAUAGGUUUGUUCUUGAUGAGCUUUACCAUUUCCACCAUUAUCGGCAUCUUGGUUGGUAUUUUCGUGGCCCUUAUCUUGAAACACUCCCACAUCAGAAGAUACCCUCAGAUCGAGACGUGCUUGGUGCUCUUGUUCGCCUACGAGUCUUACUUCUUCUCCAACGGUGCCCACAUGUCGGGAAUUGUGUCUUUGCUCUUCUGUGGGAUCACCUUGAAGCACUACGCCUUCUAUAACAUGUCGAGAAGAACCCAGAUCGCCACCAAGUACAUCUUCCAGUUGUUGGCCCAGUUGUCAGAAAAUUUUAUCUUCAUCUAUUUGGGGUUGUCUUUGUUCACCGAGGUGGAGUUGGUGUUUAAGCCGCUCUUGAUUAUCGUCACAUUUAUUUCCAUCUGUAUUGCCAGAUGGUCAGCUGUGUUCCCCUUAUCCAAAUUCCUCAACUUUUUGUACAGAGCCAGAUUCGAAAAAUUCACCAACAGAACGGCUCUUAACGGUGGCAUUUCUUCCCAAGCGGUUCCCGACGAAAUCAGCCAUUCCUACCAAAUGAUGAUUUUCUGGGCCGGUUUGAGAGGUGCUGUUGGUGUUGCUUUGGCCAUGGGUAUCCAAGGCGAAGCCAAGUGGACCUUACUUGCUACUGUGUUGGUGGUGGUUGUGCUUACCGUGAUUUUGUUUGGUGGUACCACCGCCUCCAUGUUGGAGAUUUUGGGAAUCAAGGUGGGUGUUAUCGACGACACCAACGACUCCGACGACGACUUUGACAUUGAAGCCCCUAGAUUGCCAUACAGCAGCUCCCCUCCAUCAUCGAAUGUGUUCAUUGGUAACAGAAGAUUCGGCACACCUCAGAGGACAACAACUCCUCCAGUCAAAGGAAUGUACAAGGACGACGCUACCAGAUCAAGAAAUGAAUCGAGUGCCAGUUUGGCGUCUGGAAUUCCCAGAAAUAGCCGAUCCUCUUUCAAUAACUCCACCUCCGAUUUGCAUGACGGGAACGUCAACGAUGACGAUGACGACCUCGUUUCCAGCGACGUUGAUGAUCUCCUUCCAGGUGUUUCAAAUGCUGCACUUACUACUUACCCACAGGCCACUUCGGGGGGAGUAUUGGGUGCAUUUUUAAGUGCAGAGGAACACUCCAAGUGGUUUACCAAAUUCGACGAACAGGUGUUGAAGCCAGUUUUAUUGGACACAUUACCCAACGGCAGAAGGCGCGAAGAUGCUAAUCCGGGCAAUUCUAAUGAGCAGGUUUGA